AUGUUUCCUGGGCCCCACGUUCCCUGGGCCCUAUGUUCCCUGGACCCUAUGUUCCCUGGGCCCUACGUUCCCUGGACCCUACGUUCCCUAGACCCUACGUUCCCUGGACCCUAUGUUCCCUGGGCCCUACGUUCCCUAGACCCUACGUUCCCUAGACCCUAUGUUCCCUGGGCCCUACGUUCCCUAGACCCUACGUUCCCUGGACCCUAUGUUUCCUGGGCCCCACGUUCCCUGGGCCCUAUGUUCCCUGGACCCUAUGUUUCCUGGGCCCUACGUUCCCUGGACCCUACGUUCCCUAGACCCUACGUUCCCUGGACCCUAUGUUCCCUGGACCCUAUGUUCCCUGGACCCUAUGUUCCCUGGACCCUAUGUUCCCUGGACCCUACGUUCCCUGGGCCCUAUGUUUCCUGGGCCCUACGUUCCCUGGACCCUACGUUCCCUGGACCCUAUGUUCCCUGGACCCUACGUUCCCUAGACCCUACGUUCCCUGGACCCUACGUUCCCUUCCCUCAGCCCUAUGUUGCCUGGGCCCUAUGUUCCCUCAACCUAUAUUCCCGGAACCCUAUGUUCCCUCAGCCCUAUGUUCCCUUCAAUAUGUACCCUUACACAGUGGUGUAA